GAGCAAGGCGGCGGCGGUGGUGGGAGGGAGCGCGCGCGAGAGCAGCCCCUGCCGCGCGGCCGUGAGGGAGACUCGAGCGCCCGGACCCCCUUCUCCCCCGGGGGGCUCCGAGCGGUUAUCCGCUGCCGCCGCCUGAGCUCCGAGGGGGCUGCCCCGUCCCGGUUCCUCUCCGGACCCCCGGGGUCUGGGCUCGUCCUGCUCGCGAGUGUGGGGAAAGGCUCCGACGGGACCGGGCAGAGCGCGGGCCGCCGCAGCCCCAGCCCGCGCGGUCGGGAUCUGGCUGCCGGUCCUUGUCCCGCGCAAAGUUUGGGAGGGCGGCGGCCGGGCGCACCCUGCCCGAGCCGAGCGGCCGGAGUCCGGCCGUGCCUGGGGUCGCUUCGGGCGCGUGGCUGCGGCUGGGGAGCACCAUGCCUGUCAGGAAGCAAGAUACCCAGCGAGCUCUGCGCCUCCUAGAGGAAUACCGCUCCAGAUUGAGCCAAAGUGAGGACAGACAGCUGAGAAACUCCAUAGAGCGUGUCAUUAGUAUCUUCCAGAGCAACCUUUUCCAGGCUUUGAUAGAUAUUCAAGAAUUUUAUGAAGUGACCUUACUGGACAAUCCAAAAUGUAUUGAUCACUCUAAGCUAUCUGAACCAGUACAACAUGUGAAUACCUGGGAUUUCUCCAGCCUUCCAAGCACAACAGUGACAUCAGAAACACUGCCAAGCAGCCUUAGCCCAAAUAUAGAGAAAUAUCGGUGUCAGGAUGAAGAUACACCUGCACAAGAGCAUACCAAUGAGGUGACUGUUCCAGAGUUGGUUCAUGUAUCAGAGAAGAACCUAUCACAGAUUGAAAAUAUACAUGGAUUUGUUUCCCACUCUCACAUUUCUCCAGUAAAGGUUAAUGGCACGGAUGCAGAUUAUGAAUAUGAAGAAAUUACACUUGAAAGGGGAAAUUCAGGGCUUGGCUUUAGCAUUGCAGGUGGUACGGACAACCCACACAUUGGGGAUGACUCAAGUAUUUUCAUUACAAAAAUCAUAGCAGGGGGUGCAGCUGCUCAGGAUGGAAGAUUACGGGUUAACGAUUGCAUAUUACGAGUAAAUGAAGUGGAUGUUCGUGAUGUGACACACAGCAAAGCAGUUGAAGCAUUAAAAGAGGCAGGAUCCAUUGUGCGGUUGUAUGUCAAAAGAAGAAAACCAGUCACAGAAAAAAUAAUGGAGAUAAAACUUGUGAAAGGGCCAAAAGCAGGACUUGGGUUCAGCAUAGCUGGUGGUGUUGGAAAUCAGCAUAUUCCUGGUGACAACAGUAUCUAUGUAACUAAAAUUAUUGAAGGAGGUGCAGCACAUAAAGAUGGCAAACUUCAGAUUGGAGACAAACUUCUAGCUGUGAACAGUGUUUGCUUAGAAGAAGUUACACAUGAAGAAGCAGUGACUGCCUUAAAAAACACAUCUGAUUUUGUUUAUCUGAAAGUUGCAAAACCCACCAGCAUGUUCAUGAAUGAUAGUUAUGCCCCUCCAGACAUCACAAACUCUUAUUCUCAGCCAGUGGAUAACCAUAUCAGUCCAGCUACCUACUUGGCACAAUCUUUGCCACCAUCAUCACCAGGAAGAUAUUCCCCAAUUCCCAAGGGAAUGGUUGGAGAUGAUGAGAUAACCAGAGAACCUAGAAAAGUUGUCCUACAUCGUGGAUCAACAGGGCUCGGUUUCAACAUUGUGGGAGGGGAAGAUGGAGAAGGAAUUUUCAUCUCUUUCAUUCUCGCAGGAGGGCCUGCUGAUCUGAGUGGCGAGCUCAGGAAAGGAGACCGUAUAAUUUCGGUAAAUGGUGUAGACCUUAAAGCUGCAACCCAUGAACAAGCAGCAGCAGCCUUGAAGAAUGCAGGCCAAGCAGUAACCAUUGUUGCACAAUACCGUCCAGAAGAGUACAGUCGUUUUGAAGCUAAAAUACAUGACUUACGGGAGCAGAUGAUGAACAGUAGCAUUAGCUCAGGAUCAGGAUCUCUGCGGACCAGCCAAAAGAGGUCCCUAUAUGUCAGAGCUCUCUUUGACUACGACAAGACUAAAGACAGUGGUCUUCCCAGUCAGGGACUGAACUUCAAAUUUGGCGACAUCCUCCAUGUCAUUAAUGCUUCUGAUGAUGAGUGGUGGCAGGCACGGCAGGUGACACCAGAUGGAGAAAGUGAUGAAACUGGAGUGAUUCCGAGCAAACGAAGGGUUGAGAAGAAAGAAAGAGCCCGCUUAAAGACAGUGAAAUUUAAUUCCAAAAUGAGAGGCGAUAAAGGGCAGUCAUUCAAUGACAAGCGUAAAAAGAACCUCUUUUCCCGAAAAUUUCCCUUCUACAAGAACAAGGACCAGAGUGAGCAAGAAACCAGUGAUAUUGACCAACAUGUAACCUCUAAUGCCAGCGAUAGUGAAAGUAGUUACCGUGGCCAAGAAGAAUACGUCUUGUCUUAUGAACCAGUCAGCCAACAAGAAGUCAAUUACACUCGGCCAGUGAUUGUUUUGGGACCCAUGAAAGACAGAAUAAAUGAUGAUUUAAUCUCAGAAUUUCCAGACAAAUUUGGAUCAUGUGUUCCACAUACUACCAGACCAAAACGAGAUUAUGAGGUGGAUGGCCGAGAUUACCACUUUGUCACCUCUCGAGAGCAAAUGGAGAAGGAUAUUCAGGAUCACAAAUUCAUUGAGGCUGGCCAGUACAACAAUCACCUUUAUGGAACAAGUGUCCAGUCAGUGCGGGAAGUAGCAGAAAAGGGGAAACACUGCAUUCUUGAUGUUUCUGGCAAUGCGAUCAAGAGGUUGCAGAUAGCCCAGCUGUACCCAAUCUCCAUUUUUAUUAAACCCAAAUCAGUGGAAAACAUCAUGGAAAUGAACAAACGUUUAACAGAGGAGCAAGCCAGGAAGACCUUUGAGAGAGCCAUGAAACUGGAGCAAGAAUUUACUGAACAUUUCACAGCUAUUGUCCAAGGAGACACACUGGAAGAGAUAUACAACCAGGUGAAGCAGAUCAUAGAAGAACAGUCUGGGCCUUACAUCUGGGUACCAGCAAAGGAAAAAUUAUGAAAAUUGAAAGAUUUUUGGUUUUCAUUUUCUAAUUGACAUUACCUACUCAUCAACAACUUGUAACCCUUUUCAGUGGAGCCUGCCUCUAGCUCUUUCCAAUGUGGGUCACACACUAAACAUCACAUUCUGCAGUUCCCAAAAUUUUCUUACAUUUGGUGUCUCUCUUAGUUUGAAUAAUUUGUAUUAUUGUGUGGUAGUGUUCAUUUGACAUUUUUCAAACAUGAAGGUCGAAUGGCCUGACCAGCUAUUAAGGUAGGGUUGGGGAAUUAUAUGGUAAAAUUCCUUAAUGUUUAAGGGAAAGUACGUUUCAGAGAUUCUCAGAAAAGAUUUAUGUACAUUCUUUUAAAAUUUCAUAGCAUAUGCAAGAAAAGUCAUCUUACCCAAUGAUGUAAAUUGUGAGCAACUUUGCACACUUAAUUAUAAUAGCAUGGGUUGGCCAAGGCAUUUAAUUUCAAGUUUUAGUUUGUGGGUUGACUUUCUGUUGUCUCAGCAAAUAUUUUUCUUUAUAGGCAGUUAAUGUAACUUUUUUUAAAUUUCCAAAGUAAUGUUUUUCAUUAACUUCCAUUAAUUCACAAGGGAUAUUCAUUUUCAAAAUUUCAUAAUGAUAUUCUUAUAGUCUAUUUUUAUUCAUUUUUUGCAUAUACAGUUGCUAGGGAUAAAGAUAUUUAAUGUUUUUAAUCUUACUCAUGCAACACUAUUUACAGUGUCUUACAAAAGUUGUUUAUAGAUAAUGGUCAUCACUCUUUUCUGAGUCGAAAACAUGUUUAGGUGCUAGGGAAGCUUGUAUUUUACAAAUGAAUAGCAAAUUUUCAUUGGCAGCCAUACAGAAAACACUUGCAGUGAUGUAUGAUCAUUAAGGCAAUAAGAAGAGAGUCAGAUUUGUAAUUUAAAACUGUGUGUCUCCUUAGAGGUGUCAGAUUUUAAUGAAUAUUUUACCCACAAUAAUUGCCUAUUUUGUUAUAAAACUUUCUUUAACUAUAAACUCUGUAACUAUGGGAAUUAUUUUCUUUACAUAAUUGCGCACACAUAUAUAUAUAAAAUAUAUAUAUUUUUCUUUUCCCACCUACUCCUAGCUUUUCUUUUUUUGUUUUGAGAAUAAAUAUAAAUUAGAAUUUAUCUUCCUUAAUCAUGUGAAAUGAAAUGGGGUCUGGUGGCUAGGUAAAACAUCUGGGGGAUAUUAGCUACAAGAAAAAAAUAUGGGCAAGUUCUCCUCUUUUCUACAAACAAUUUCAGAUGUUUGGUUUUGUUUUUUUUUUCUUUUCCAUGUGAUGUGCAUGUUUUAACCAAUGGGAGAUUUCAGAGUCAACAGUCAGUUUUUGUGUACAUCUCAGACUGCAUCUGUGUCAUAUCUUCCAUGGUGGCUCUGCACUGGAGAGAUACAGACCUCUGAGCUGAGCAAUUAUAAAUACAUUUCUGCAAAAUAUAGAACUAACAUUAUUCAUUCCAUUUGUCAGAAAGAGGAGA